CGUCAUGUUUACAUUCUGUUUCUGCUCACCACGCUGCAAAAUGACAACAGCAAAACUGCUUGUACCAGCGGGGCCGUGACGUGUGGCACUGACGAGGUCUGUGGAGAAAAAAAUGCAAUUGUUGGCUGCUACUGCGAUCCCACCAAAUCCAAACCCAACCCUGAUAUUUAUGAUGCUGUUCAGACGUGUAACGAUAACGGUGGAUCGCUGAGCGCGUCACGCUGCCAGCUUCUUGAGGCUGGAGUUUUAGAAAGUGAUCUUCACCUACAGAAUACCAGCUGUCAAGGAACACUUAAUGAUAGCAGGCUGGUGUUCACCUUCAACAACAAUGACAAAAUCUGUGGAGGAACUUAUCAGAUUAACAUCACACACCUGAUGUAUUAUAACUCAGUGAGUAACAUUACAGGAAUCAUCAGUAAUAACGCAGGACUUUAUCUGUCCAUCUCCUGCGUUUACCCCCUCAUCCAGAAGCUCACCGCACCCAAGUCUUUCUUGAUCGUAGGAAGUAUAAUUAUGAAGAACAUACCCGCUGCUGAGGGCACGUACCAGGUUCUAAUGGAGGCGUAUCCCGAUAAUUCAUUCACCACUCCUUACAAUGGUUCAGUGACAUUCAACAUGAACCAGGAGAUCUUCAUGGGUGUAACAGUGGUGGGAUUCGACAGUACAAAAAUCACCACCGUGCUGGACAGUUGCUGGGCCACGCCCACUGAUAACAUCAACGACACCGUCCGCUGGAACCUCAUCACUAACGAAUGUCCCGACCCGAUGGAGAGUUCUGUGACCGUACUGCAGAAUGGCGUCUCCACGUCCAGCCGCUUCUCCUUCAACAUGUUCACCUUCACUAAUUCCGUGGACAGCAUCCACCUGCACUGCCAGGUUCACCUGUGCCUGCUGGGGGGGAACAACUGUGCCUUGCCAUGUGGAAUAAAAAGGAGGCGUCGACGGGCUGAGGAAUUCCACGACACUGCUGCCAUCACCAUGAGCUUCUGAUCGGCUCCUGAGAAAAGUGGAUUUGGUGUCAUUGGGCUACUGUUGGACUUUUCUGGGUUUCGGUCUUUAACUAUAGUUCUUAAAUUAAUAUUUUAUUGUAAUUAUUAAUGUUUGAUUAAUCUGAUCUACAAAAUAUCCUGAUAAUGGAAUAGAAUUGUGGAAUAAUGGAAAUGAAAACUGUAAUGAUGAAAAUGUGAUUACUGUGAUUGUAACUUCCUGAACUUCCUUCAUUCUGAUUUAUUAUUACUGAAGUAAAAUCUUUCCUAAGCAUUA